CUCUCUGUCUUUCUAUCUUUUUGUUUAUUCUUUGUUGUUUCUCUCUCUUCCGUGGUGGAACGAGGCCGCGGAGUCGCCGGAAGAAGACUGAGGAAGAUCGAAUAGCAGGAAGAGGGAAGAGGAUCGCGAAAACUACGGUUUUCGAAUUGCAGAAUUCGAAUUUCGAAGAAGAAUGCCGAUAUCCAAGUACCACAUAAGGAACGAGUACAGCUUGGCGGAUCCCGAGCUAUACCGUGCCGCCGAUAAAGAUGAUCCCGAAGCUCUUCUCGAAGCCGUCGCCAUGGCUGGUCUCGUUGGACUCUUGCGCCAGCUCGGAGACCUUGCCGAGUUUGCUACUGAGAUCUUCCAUAAUUUACAUGAAGAAGUAAUGGCUACCUCUGCAAGAGGCCAGAGUCUUAUGGCUCGUGUUCAACAGCUUGAGGCCGAAGUUCCUUCACUUGAAAAGGCGUUUUUCUCUCAAACUCAUCAUUCAUCAUUCUUUACUAAUGGAGGAAUGGAUUGGCAUCCUAAUCUUCGGUCUGAACAAAAUCUUGUUACUCAGGGAGAUUUACCUCGAUUUAUAAUGGAUUCAUAUGAAGAAUGCCGCGGUCCUCCGAGACUGUUCCUCCUGGACAAGUUUGAUGUGGCUGGGGCUGGGGCAUGUCUGAAGCGUUACACUGAUCCAUCAUUCUUUAAAUUGGAGUCAGCUUCACCUGUAAAAGCUACAAUAGGAGUUCACAGGGAAAAGAGAAUUCGUAAAGUCAAGCAGAAGAAAGGAUCACGGUUGAGGGACAGUGAAGCCCCUAAUGUUGUACCAACACAUGCUAAAUUACAUCAACUGCUUCUUGAGGAGCGUAUUGAGAAUGGUUAUAGUAAUCCUGCACGUCUAGUGAAGUUGAAGAAAAGACAAUUGAAUGGACCUGCAGUUGAAGCAAAAGCUGGGAAAAGUUACAUGGGGAAAUUUCUGGAAACUCCCUCACCUGAUCAUAAAAUGAUUUGUGAAACUUCCAUCUGUCCGCUGCCAGCGACACUGACAUCGGAUGACACUAGCGAAGAAGGGCUUAAAAUUCUUGAAAUCAGUAGCAUUAGUCCUGUUAAAAAGUCAUUGGGAAAUGAAAACACCUGUUCAUCCCCUAAUGAGCAGGAAUUAGAACUAAAACCAUUUUCUAAAGUGGAUGGGGAGACAAAUGGAGAUCUUGUGAAGGUGAAAGAACAAAUACCUGAUGGUGUGGCAGAUGAAAUGUCUUUUAAUCAUAUUAGGUUGCCUGAUGAAACAGAAUUGGCAAUCGAUGAGCAAAAGAAAAUAGAAUGCAGCUUAGACCAUUCUGAUGAUGUGACUAGUGAGGUUGACAAUUUUAUGGAUGCUUUAACUACCAUGGAGUCAGAAUUGGAAACAGACAAUGAGUAUAAACCUAAGAUAAGCUUCUUGAAUAUUCAAAAGGUAUCAGAUACCGAUGAUAAAGAAGAACAUCAAUUACAAUUUCGAUUUUCAUAUUCUCCCUCAUUUGGAGACUCCUCAAUAUCUGAUGACAUUAGUUCCCUCAAACAAGAUAGAAAUGAAGAACAUAUUGAAGUGCAAGCUCGGUUGUCAGAUGCUCUUUCAACAGGAACUGCCUCUACAUCAGACAAUCAUAGCUCAUUCAGAAGAGAUGGAGAUGAGUGUAUCGAACUGCAAGGUCACUUUUCAGACUCUCAGUCUAUUGGAAACUCCUCUACAUCAGAUAAAAAUAGUUCUUUAAAGAAAGAUAGAUCUGAUUUCCCUCACUCUGAUUCAUUAAGCACUGCGGUUGAAAAUAUGCCUUCAGAACCUAUAUUAGUCACAAAUACUAAAUAUUAUGAUCAGGAGGUUGAAGUUAGGGCAUCCAACCAUCUUCCCCAAAUUGUUGAGUUUGAAAACACAGAUUGUGGGAAGUUUGUCAUGCAUGAUGAUGCACAUAUUCACGAAAAAGAGAAUUCUGAUUCUGGGCAAACCUCUUCUGAUCUGAUGACUUCGAGACAGGUAUUGUGUUCUGAUAUUGGACCCACCUCACCGGUGACGCUAUCUGCAGGGACUCAAUCUGAUGAAACCCCAUCUGGCACUGUUGAACUUAAUUUAAGAUUAGAUGAUGAUGAAGAUAGAACAGGUCUUGUUGAACCUAUUACUGCCAAGCCUGAUUCUCUUUCCCUAAUAAAAGAUGGUGCUUGUCCUGUGGAUUCUUCUGAGAAAACAUCACUAGACAACUUGGAUGUUGAUGAUCCAUAUGUUCAUUUGCAAGUUUCUAAUGAUUUAGAAGUAGCUCAUGAAGAUGAAUGCAGUGAUCAUUCUGAAAUCAAAAUGUUCCAUGAAGAAUCUCCUAGUGAAAACUGUUCUGGAAUUUUGGUUUGUAAAGAUAUUGGUUCCCGGGGAGAGGAUCCCGUUGGCUCAUCUGUGGAAGAAUUAGGAUUGAAUUCGGGUACUGCGGUGGUGCUUGAUUGUCGAGACUCAAAAGAUGAGGAUUGUACUAUCGCAACCCAACUUAAUUUGGAGGAUUUGUCUCCUGUUGUGAAGGUUCCUCCAUUGAGUUGCUUCGCCGGGGAGCUAUCUUCUGGAGGAACUCAUAACAAUCCACGGGAUGAACCAGGCUCAGCAGAAAUUGAAGUUUUGCAUUGUGAUCUGCAAACAAAUUUUGAAGUGAUACCAAAGACAGUGUAUGAUGAUGAGAUAAAUGGAUCCAUCAGCAGUGUUGAUCCAGUUGAAGGUGAUGGUCAAUUUAAACAUCCAUCAUUUCCUGAUAUUCAUGUGAUGGCAAAUGAUGUGGACACUGAAAAUGAUCAAUCAGAAGAUAAAGCUGUAUAUUCUGUUCCUUCUGCAGAAAGUGCCAAAAAUGAUGCGGGUAUCAAUACUUGUCCAGCUUCAGGUCUGAUUUGUUCUCUGUCAAGGAGUCUUUCAAGUUUGCAAGAACCUCUCUCGGGUUCUUCACAUUCUUAUGUGAUGGAAAUGGAAUCCAAUGAAGUAGAAUUGACUCAAAUUUCCUUGGACUCAAAUGCAGAGAAGAGGGAGGACCAACUGGCAUCAUCAUUAGAUAUUACAUCAUCUGACAUCAUGUAUUCUCCAAAGGGUAACCUUACAAAGUUAGAAGAAUCUCUUUCUACUUUUUCAGAUCCACAAGACAAAGUCCACGGGCCAGUUGCUAGAGAAUCUUUGACUGAACUAGAGGAACGGAAGAUAGUGGAUCAACCAGAAAUUGCUUGGGCUGAUGUGCAACCAAACUUGAAAAAAUCAGUGCCCUGUGAUCUUCCAGAUUCAGAAAUAUGUAAUAAUAUUCAAAAUUCAUCUUCAAGGGAGAAAUUCCAGCACAAUGUUCUUGCUGAGGACGUGAAAAUGGUGCCUGAACUUUCAGGUUUAGACAGUCAACAGUCAGAAUCUUGUGAUCAGAAUGAUCUUUUACAAAGUGGUAGAGAUAGUUUUUCAUCACCUUCCUAUAAGCAGCUGGAGUCUGAAAAUGAUUUUGAGCAGUUAGUACAAUCACAAGUUGGUGAACGGGAUGCUGAAUGUCUGCUCAGAGAUGAGCAAAACUUUGCCUCUGAGAAAUCUCAAUUGGAGGAAAAAAGCCCUCAUGCUACUACUGAAUCUGCUUCAGAAAUCCAUGCAGAAGAAGGGUCGUCAUCUUGUUCCUUACCACAGUCAUUUGGUUGGGGGAGUAACCCUACAAAACAUGUCAUGGAUCCAGUGAAGCCUCUUGUUCCUGAUCACUUUCCCAAGGCAACUCAAGCUAAUCUUGAUGAAAUGCCACCUAUGCCCCCUCUACCGCCUAUGCAAUGGAGAAUGGGCAGGGUUCAACAUACUUCCCUAGCUUCACAGAGAGAAGAGUUAGAAGUAAGUCAGGCCUCAGUUCAACCAACGCAGCCAACAAAACCCCAUACGGAAUCUCAAUUUGUUUUGCCAACUUCUGAGAGAGAGACCUUGCUGUAUCAGAGUCAAUUUUUGCCUGUAAUGGCUGUGGAGAGUGAUAAGCUCCAACAAUCUUCUGGAUUUUCUGUGGGUGUUUCAGGGCAUCCUGUUGCUAUACCUUUACAAUUUCCUAUCAUGGUUAAUGAAGCAAAAGGUCAAUAUAAUCACCUAAUGCUGGACAGAAACCAAAUUCAGAACCCCUUCUUAACAUUGCCUUCUACGGGCAGGCCUCCACAUGGUUACAUUGUUACUUCCGAGGCAGAUAUGGUACAAAAUUCAAACCUACACCCAACAGUACUGCCUGCUGAAUGUGCUAUUUCUAUGCUUGAUUCCAUCUCUUCACAAGAAAAACUUAUUCAACCUCCAAUUCAAUUAAUGACAGAUACUAGUUCUGAAGUCAAAAUACUUCAGCAGUCUUUAAGUAAUGUGGUGUCUACAGGCAUGCCUCCACAUGAUGUUGCUUCUGAGGGAGAAAUGGUACAGAAUUCAAAUCUAUGCGCAACAAUACCCCCAGCUGAAUGUUCUGUUUCUGGACAUGAUUCCAUCACUCAAGAAAAACUGACUCAACCUCCAAGUCAAUUAAUGGUGGAGACUAGUUCAGAAGUCAAAACACUUCAGCAUUCUAAAAGUAAUGUGGUGUCUACAGGAAGGUCCCCGCACGGUGUUGCUUCUGAGGAAGAAAUGGUACAUAAUUCAAAACUAUGUGCAGCAAUACCACCUGCUGAACAUGCUGUCUCUGGACUCGAUUCCAUCUCCCCACAAGAAAAACCAACUCAACCUCCAAGUUCAUCAAAGACGGAAACUAGUUCAAAUGAUACACUUCAGCAGUCUAUAAGUAAUGUGGUAUCUACAGACAGGCCUUCACAGGGUCACAUUGCUUCUGAGGGAGAAAUGGUACCGAAUUCAAACCCAUGCCCUCCAACACCAACUACUGAAUGUGCUGUUUCUGGACAUGAUUCCAUCUCUUCUCAAGAAAAACUGACACAACCUCCUAGUCAGUUAAUGACAGAGACUAGUUUAGAAGUUAAGAUAGUUCAUCAGUCUGUAAGUAAUGUGGAAGGGGAACAAGGAUGUCUGUCUGUCUCACUCAUGUCACCAUCAAGUGUUGAAAGUAGGGAGCCUAAUCAGAGUUUCGUGCCCUUUGAGGGGGAAAUGACAUCAUCCUUGGAUACAUAUGCUCAAACAUCAAAUUAUGAUAGUGAAAGGACAAAUGGAAAACCAAAGAAUAAGCUUCCUCGUCCUCGGAGUCCUCUAAUUGAUGCUGUUGCUGCUCAUGACAAAAGCACGCUUAGGAGGGUUACAGAACGGGUUAUGCCUGAAAUAGCACCAAAGGUAGAUGAAAGAGAUUCGUUGUUAGAACAGAUAAGAACAAAGUCCUUCAACUUGAAGCCUGCUGUGGAUACACGGCCUAGCAUUCAAGGUCCAACAAAUUUGAAGUUUGCUGCCAUCUUGGAGAAAGCAAAUGCAAUUCGCCAGGUUUUGGCUGGAAGUGAUGACGAUGAUGAUGAUGCAGAUAGUUGGAGUGAUUCUUGAAUUUACUAUGGGAAGACUUCUCAGCUGGUCGUUAUUUUGAUAUGCUGGUUCUUGUCUUGAAUCGGGUCUGAAAGGUCAUUUAUCCCUAUAAUGAAUAGGAAAUCUCCGUCAAAUGCAAGAUUCUUUAUCCUACUUUAUGUUCAUAUAUGAUACUCUGAGCUCCAUCCAUAUAGCUCCUCCACGUAGUCCUCUUUCUUCACAAAUAUAUAUGAAUGAUCAUGGUACAAGCAUGCAGGUUAGCAUCGAUGCAGAUCCAUUUUCGGAGGUGAAACUCAAUUCACUCAAGACAGCUUCAGACUUAGCGUGCAAGCGCUGUACCAGUCCAGAUCAACCUGUCAUCGAAGUCUCUCAUGUCCUCUCUCGUUUAUAUAAGCACGUGUAUAUUUGUGUUUUGUCAUAAUCUUUUGAUUUAUAGUCACGAGUAUCCAAUUUUGUAAUUAUGUGUAGUGUUUCGUGAUAAUAUCCCCAUUUAUAUAUAUAUAUAUAUACACGCAUACAUGAGUAAAAUCAUUUC